GGGACUCCUAGUCGGGGGCACGAACUGUGUCGCCCCGCCCACGGGGCUCUUUGUCCAGUUAACUGUCAGCUGGUGGAGGGAGGGCUGCGGCCCGGGGGCGCCGGGGGCGGCGGAGACAUGCCAGUGCGCUUCAAGGGUCUGAGUGAAUACCAGAGAAAUUUUCUGUGGAAGAAAUCACAUCUCUCGGAGUUAAGUAAUUCUCCAGAAAGUCAGAAAAGUCCAUGGGCUGGACUUCGAUCAGAUCAAAUAGGAAUCACGAAGGAACCAAGUUUUAUCUCAAAGAAAAGAGUUCCUUAUUAUGACCCAGAAAUUCCCAAAUACCUUGAGUGGAAGGCAGAAGAUGCCUCUGAGAACGAGUUGGUUGUAUUACCAGAACCUGAAGUCCCAGAGGUGCCAAAACUGCAGGAAACAAAAGAAAAAGAUGACCUGAAUGAAGAAAGAAUUUUAACCACUGAGGUCUCUCGAGUGCCCAAGAGGGUUCGGUCUCAUUCUGCUGACUCUCGAGUUGCAGAAGCCAUUGACCCUGUGGAUAAUAACAAAGAAGCAAUUUCAGAUCCCACACCAGCACAUAGGAAUGCAGAACCACAAAAGCCUUCCCAAGGUCUUUCAGAAAAUGUCCAUAACCAGCAGUUGGACAGGAUUCUACGAAGGAAAGCAGGAUUGCCUGUUACUCCCAUAUAUCAUUCCCUCAGAAAUUCUGAAUACCAAAGACAAUUUGUAUGGAAGACCCCGAAGGAGAACUCCCCAGUUCUUGCAGCCAAUCAGGUUUUUUUAAAUAAAAAUAAAUCUGUUCCACCGUUCAAAGUUGAUGUAACUAUCCCUGAAACAGAAUACAAGAGGAAUUUCAAAGGUUUGUCUCCAAACAAAGAAAGAAGAUAUAAGCAUGAUUUGAAAGAGAAUGAAAAUCCUGAAAUUGACUCACCUGAGAAGAGUAGUAAAAAAGAAAAUUCAUCAAAACAGAAGGAAGCAGAAAUGGAACCAAAAGACAAAAUCUCUCCCCAUAAAUAUCAAAGGAAAGCAAACACUGAAUAUAGAGCUAAAUUUGUGUCCCCAUCUCAGUAUUUGUACAGAGAUGGUACUUGGAAACGGGUGAGGGAAAACACGCUAAAUCAGGGUUCUCAAAACACCCUAAAUUCCCUGUGGUAUGCUGAGGUUAAAGAACUUCGAGAGAAAGCUGAGUUUUAUAGGAAACGGGUACUUGGGACGCAUUUUUCUCGGGAUCAUCUGAACCAGAUUCUCUCUGAAAACAAUCGCCUAUGGGAUGUCUCUUCUGUGUCCAGCUCAGAAGGAACUGUUAGUAACAACAUCAGAGCCCUAGAUCUUGCUGGAGUUCCUACAGGUCAUAAGACAUUGCAGAGCCAUGAUUCCAAAAAAAAAGCAGAAGAAAGGCCACCUUUGGCAACAGAGUGUCAGAAAGAUACUACAGAAAAAUUGGGUGUGUCCGAUGCUCUCACCCUCCCUGUUAGAAGAAAACUGGCUUGGGAUGAAGGCGGCGCUGGUGAUCAGAUACAUAACCAUGAAAGAAGAGUGGAAGAAGAGAAAAAUGAAAAUGACAAGCAAGAUUGUAGAGAGGAGGCCAAGGAAUUAGAAGAAAGUGAUAGUGAUGUCAAGAGAGACAGGAUCCAAGCAGGAGAGACCGCUUCCCUACCAAGUGCUUCAGUAGCAGAUGGGUCAGAUUCUUCUUCUGUGUCCUCAGGAAAAGGUGGCCGGCUCCCAACUCCGAAGCUGAAAGAACUUGGUGGAGCCCCCAGGACUCAUCACGAUCUAACUACUCCUGCUGUUGGGGGUGCUGUUUUAGUGUCUCCAUCUAAAGUGAAGUCUUCAUUCCCAGAACAUAGGAGAAAAAAGUCUUCUCCAGAUUUCUUAGGAGAAACUUCAAAGAAUGAAUCUAAUAGGAAAGAACUUGGUCCUAGACCCUUAUUGACUCCUCUGGCAGCUGGUUUGAAAACAGUGGAUCCCCUCCCAUUGAGAGAUGAGAUUGAAACCAGUAUUUCCAAAUCGGGUGGGGCUCAUCCAGGCCCAAAGCAUCCUGAGCAUUCCAUAAAAGUCCCCGUGCAGGGGUCUCGGCCUCUCUGUGCUCCAUCAUACUGGAAUCCAUCUUGUCGAAUUCAGGGGUCGCUCAGGAAUGCAGAGUUCCAGCAUAACGGAAACAUUGUGAGCCCAAGAACAGGCCUUUACCAUUUACCUCACCAAGAAGUCAAUGAUGAAGAUGAUGACAGAUUGUCCCAGAUUUCUGCUCGGUCUGCAGCCUCUAGUCUGAUGGCUUCUCAAACUUUGGCACGUGCUCAGAAAAGGAAAGAGAGUUUUUGGGGCAAAAAAUAGUGCUCUUUAUGAAUAGCUCUUUCCAUUUUGGUGACUAUUGCUGUGAUUAUUUUUUUUCAUUCCAAGGUUUUUAAAGUGUUUGGGAUUCUUGUAUUUUGGGGGAAGGAGAGGUUGGCUUUGUCUAGGGAUAUGAGUAACUGUAUUCUAAUAGCCAUUUCAGUUCAGUCAUUUUAAUUUUUUUUCUUUAUGUAGACAAAUUGAAUUUUAACUUUAAGUUAAUUGCCAUUUUAAACUUACCUGAAAAGGUACUAAUGGAUUUACCUAGUCCUUCACAUGUUCUGAACUUAACUAUUUCUCAUCAAGCAUAGUUUGUAGAAUUGAGAAUUACAUCUAUGUUACCAAGAGUAUUCUGAAAAGUUAAAGUGUGUAAAAACUAAGAACUAAGUUUGAAAUGUGUGGUUUUGUAGGAUUGGUUACCUAUGUUUAUAAAUUAAAGAUGUCAUAAAUUGAAUCUGUACCCACAAUGUUCACUUCUAGAUUUUUUUUAUUUUUAAAAAAUGUCCUUCGGGAUAUAGUUACUCUUAGUAUGAUUAAAAUAAUUGUACUUAGGUUGAAAAUGUUAACUGUAUAUAUAUUUUUUAUCUUAUAUAAGAAAUUUGCUUAAAAAUAUGUAUAUUUUUGGUCUCUGUGUUUUUGAUUUGUAUAAGAG